AUAUUGACGUUUCAAUUAAAAUAUAAAACCAAGAAGAAAUUUACAAUUUAUUAGUAAAAGUUCUUAAUUCUUAUUUUUUACUUAUAAUAUAAAUUAGAAAGAGAAAAAUAAUGGGUGAAGUGUCCUUAGAAACAUCGGCAUACGCCAAAAUUAUAUUACACGCUGCAAAAUACCCACAUUGUGCGGUGAACGGAGUUCUGCUUGCAGACGGAUCCAAAAUCAAAUCUGGCAACAAAAACCAGGAUCUGGAUAUCGUGGAUUCCAUACCGUUGUUCCACCAUAGCCAUUACGUAUCUCCUAUGGCGGAAAUUGCUUUAACUCAGAUAGAAUUACAGGCCCAACAAGAUAACAGAGUGAUAGCAGGCUACUAUGUAGCCUGUGAGAACUUCAGGGACAAUACUGUGGAAAAGUGUCCAGGACAGAAGAUAGCUGAGAAGAUUGUUGAAUAUUUUCCAUCUGCUGUGUUCAUUGUGGUUGACAAUAAAAGGAUGGUGCAGAACCUAGACACUCCAGCUAUCAAGAUACACAAAUACAGUGAAGGGAAAUGGAAACCAAAAGAUGCCAACAAAGUGUUAUUUCAGACUCCUUAUGUACUAGAGACAGUGUCGCAUUUACUUCAGCGGCGAGUUCAGAAGGACCUCGUAGACUUUGAUAACUACUUGGAUGAUUCAACGCAAGAUUGGAGCAACUUGGGCAUAGAGAAACUCAUAGCUAGCAUGGAUGCUACAAAUGCACUUGACAAGGAAAAGGAUUCUGAAUAAAAGCACCUUUUGUUUCAUAGAAAUUGGCGUUGAUUCUGAUGACUUUUAUCUAAACUAAGAAUAUCUGCAUUUCUUUUCUAUUUACUAUUGCUAAAAAAGGAUGGAAACAGAAUUUUUAACCGAUUUCAAAAAAAGGAGGAGGUUCUCAAUUUGUAGGGAUCUUUUCUUUUUUUUUUAGAUAAAAUACUCUUUUUAGUGUUACUCUACAUUAAACACUAUACUCAGGACUGCAUCUGACUUUGUCUAGAUUGAGGUUUGACAGUUUCAAAUUAAAUAAAAUAAGUUUGUCCGUCCUUUUCUUAUUACUUUGUAAAAGAUUCAAAUACUUUAAAAUUUAUUUGCCAUCAGAAUCAGUACCAAGGUCAAGAAAUCCAAGCAUUUAAUAUUUUGGAUAAUUUGGGUAGUUUGUUUUGACAGUAUAAGGUCAGGACAGAAUUAAUCCUACAAAUAUAGAUCUAAGUGUAAUUAUUUAAAAUGUGUAGACGGGGGGGUAAAAUGUUUAGUUUAAUUUGUAAAUUAUAUAUAUUGAGCCUGUAAAUCACCGUAUCGGUCAGCGCAUACCCACAGAGUGGAGUGGACUCUAUUGGAUUAAAACAUAAACUCAGCUUUAUGGACUUUGAUAUAUGGUUCAAAUUGGUAUAAACUAAUACACAGAGGAGACUUGUAGUGGCAAAGUAUUUGUCCUCAAGAGGAUAAUCCAAAUAAGACGGUGCGCGCCUCAGCUUCACUCCACUCUGUCGAUGUGUAUUGUGCUUUAGAUUACUAAAAUCGUCAAGGGUGCAGUUUCGAUCGUAGGUUGUUUUUCAGGCUGUAUUCCAUAUAGCAAAGGUUUGUUUUAUUUUAAUUUUAAGAAAAAAUGUUAUUAAAUAACAAACAUUUUUAGUAUGAAUUUAAUAAUUAAGAUAUGUAUUUAUUUAAAGAAGCAUUUAUUUAUACUACAAAAGUAUAAUAAAACCAGUUAUAUCUGUAUAAUAUUUUUUAUUGUGAAUUAAAGUAAUCUUCUACCAA